AUGUCUUCAGUUAUACCCGAAUCGCCAAUGUUUGAAGUUGCCAAUAACGGCAAAAAGUCUCUGCGGGUCUAUAUCAAGAAUCUUCAUUUUAAUACAUCUGAAGAUGAAUUGGAAUUAUUUUUAAAGGAAUACGAACCGUAAGUUACACAUUUUGGUAAGAAUUAGUAGUCUACUACGACAAUUAAAGAACAAGUAUUAACAUCCUGUUGAAUAAACGUUCUCAUUCCUAGCUACACAAUUCGGUUUAGUCGUUCCAGCAGGCACCGGCCUUUUGGAAUUGCAUAUGCUGAAUUUGAUAGCGUAGAGCAAGCUAAUAAAGUGGUUAAAGAUUUGAAUGGAGCUUUGUUUAAAGAUCGUCAGAUCUUUGUGAAGCUUCACGUACCAUUCAGUCCGACUGGAAAGCCCAUAUUUGGGCGUAGAAAGACCAGUUCUGGUGUAG